AUGUCAAACAAAAACCUAAAGAUAGCAAUGUACCCAUGGUUUGCAAUGGGACAUCUCACAACAUUCCUUCACAUCUCCAACAAACUCGCCCAAAAAGGCCACCAAAUCUUCUUCAUUCUCCCUCCCAAAACUCAAUCCAAUCUCAUCCAAUUCAAUCUCCACCCUCACCUCAUCACAUUCAUCCCCAUCACCAUUCCUCACGUCGAAGGCCUCCCUCCGGGGACCGAGACCACAGCCGACGUCAUCUUCCCAAUGCAAUCUCUCCUCCGCCACGCCAUGGACCUCACCGAGCCCGCCAUCAAGGCCCUCCUCCUCCAUAUCCAGUCCGAAAUCAUCUUCUUCGACUACUCUCACUGGCUUCCGGCGCUGGCCCGGAGCUUGGGCAUCAAGUCGGUGCACUACUGCACCAUCAGCCCCGCCGCCGUGGCUUACCUCUUCCGGCAGGAGCCUAACGCCGAGGGUUUCACCCGGCCGCCGCCCGGGUUCCCUCCCUCAUCCGCGAUCCGGCUCCACCCGGCCGAGGCGCGCGCUGUGGAUGCCAUCAACAACAUGGCGGAGUUUGGAAGCCCGAUGAAGUACGUGGAGCGAGUGAUCAUGGCGUCGGAGGAGUGCGAUGCCAUGGGGUUCAAAUCUUGUAGAGAAAUGGACGAAAUGUAUCAUGAUUUUCUUGAGAAGAGAUUUAAAAAACCGGUUCUUUUAGCCGGUCCGGUUUUGCCCGAACCGCCCAAUUUGGGUUUGGAGGACCGGUGGGUCAAAUGGUUGGACCGGUUUGGGCCGAAAUCCGUGAUUUAUUGUGCUUUUGGGAGUGAGGCUAGGUUGAAACCGGAGUUAUUUCAGGAGUUGUUACUGGGAUUCGAACAGACAGGCCUUCCAUUUUUGGCAGCCCUGAAGCCGCCGAUGGGAGCCGAGACAGUGGAGGAGGUGCUUCCCGAGGAUUUUACGACUAGGACGGAAAAUAGAGGAGUUGUGGAGGGUGGUUGGGUUCAACAACAGUUGAUCCUGUCUCAUCCCGCAGUGGGGUGCUUCGUUACACACUGCGGGUGGGGGUCGAUCUCCGAGGCUUUGGUGAAUGAUUGUCAACUAGUGCUAAUGCCGAAUGUCGGCGAUCAAUGGAUCAAUGCAAGGUUGAUGGGAGGAGAUUUGAGAGUUGGGGUGGAGGUGGAGAAGGGAGAUGAAGAUGGAUUGUUUACUAAAGAUGGUGUGGUGAAGGCAAUCAAGUUGGUGAUGGAUGAGGAGAGUGAGAUUGGAAGGGAAAUAAGGGCAAAUCAUGGUAAGUGGAGAGAAUUCAUGCUAAGGAAAGGGCUUGAGGAUUCUUACAUUGAUGAAUUUGAUCAUAAAUUGCACAACCUUUUUGAAUAG